UUACAUAAUAAAUACUCAAUUAUCUAUUUUGCUGAAAAAGACAGCGGCAAGUUUUAACACGAUCCGAAAAAACAUUCCAAAAUUUCAAUUGCAACCCCUAAUUGUCAUGUUGGACAUUGACAUUAUGCGACGCUUCCUUUUAUUUACACAAAAUGUCAGUUCAAAGCACUUUGAACGACACUUCUAGUGGCCGACGUUCUGACCAAUCAUAGAGCAAAACAAUAAUUGUUUACAAAUUGUUAACGUGCUGCUAGUCCGUGGCGAUGAUUGUCACUUUUGACAUGUUACGCCCUCCAGCACCAGCGAAAUUCCAGGUUAUCCUCUGUGCUCAGAGUGGCUGUUGUUGCUUCUGGGCGUUGACGAGGAAUCCGCUAAAUAAAUAAAAACUACAAAUCAUGUUAAAACACAAUGCACCGAGUGCUGAAGUGUCUUUGAUUUGCAUAUCAUUUGUGGACGCCUCUCUAUAAAACCGCCAAUAACACGGCAAUCCAGCUUAGUUGACGCCAAAUACUUGGAGCGUCCAUGUCACUUGUAUCGCUAUAUAAUGCCUGCCAGGUGUGCGGAGACCAGAGCUCCGGUAAGCAUUACGGUGUCUCCUGCUGCGACGGCUGCUCCUGCUUCUUCAAGCGUAGCGUCAGGAAGGGCACCCACUAUACCUGCAUCGCUGUGAAGGGCAACUGUGUUGUGGAUAAGGCACGCCGCAACUGGUGUCCCUUCUGCCGAUUUCAGCGCUGCCUGGCUGUGGGCAUGAAUAUAGCUGCCGUUCAGGAGGAACGUGGUCCACGUAGUCAACAGGCACACAGCGCUCAUGGCCAUAGUCGUCGGCUAUUGGCUGUGACGCCUCCGCCAGCUUCGCCAGCUGGGCAGACGCUGCACUUUCAGAUACUGGCACAAAUUCUGGUAACAUGUCUGCGCCAGGCGAAGCUUAACGAGCAGUUUCGGCUGCUGGAGCGCGCCCAGCAAGAUGCCAUUUUGCAGGUGGUCUGGAGCGAGUGUUUCAUCUUGCGCGCAUCGCAUUGGUCUUUGGACAUAAGUGCCAUGAUCGAAAGCUGUGGCGAUGUGCAGCUCAAGCUGCUGCUAUCCGAGGCGCAACAGCUGCGAGCCGAUGUCAUGGAGCUGAAUUUUCUAGAAACGCUUAUUUUAUGCCGCAAAGAACUGGCAUUGAACGCUGAUUAUGCCCUGAUCUUAGAGACGCACUCCAAUGGUGCACUCUGCUCCUUGGCUCGCUACACACUCCAUCGAUCCCAUUGGUUACGCUUUGGUCAACUUUUGCUCGGAUUACGUCAGCUCUGUCUGCGGCGCUACGAUUGCGCCCUGUCCUGUAUGUUUCGCAACGUAGUUAGGGAUAUUUUGAAGACACUUUAAGCACAAGAGCUUAAAUAUUAAAUAUCCAUCAAAUAUAUAAUCUAAUUCGUUUAGUUUUUAAAUAUGAG